CAAUGAGCAGCUGGCGCAUGCACCCUUUUGCAGCUCUGCAGCAACAAGAGGUCACUAUACUUGAAAACGUGGAGGGAAGAACGUCCACGGCAGCACACAUCCUGCAGCAGCUUCAGUCGGAUAACUCAGGCCUUCGUUCACACGCACGUACAGAAAGCCCAGACAGAGGAGGGCUUGUUGUUGUGACAGCAGACAGCGAUGAAAAACAGCAACAGCGUGGCCGUUGAGAGACGCAUGGAUCUGGCUUCGCUCUUCUGCAUGAUCGGGCGGCACGGACCCGCAGUGGCUCUGGCUGUCAUAGCGCUGGUGUCCGUGCUGGCCGGUUUCAUCAUCUACCGGACCGUGAGGGGGAAGCGGAGGAAGGCCGCAGCCGCCGAGAGUGAAGACAAGAGCCCCGAGGCGGAGAGAGACGCGUCGGUGAUGCUUCCGAGUCCGGGGGAAUGUCACCUCUCCACCGCGUCAACAGAUGUGAGUGAAGAAGGCUCAUCAGAUGCGAAGGAGGAUGUUGAUGUGCUCAAAAUCAGGCACCGAAAGGCUGCUGCUGCCGCUGCCGAAAAGAAACCUCCACCUUAUUCUCCUCCUAAGAGCGACAUUCAAGCACCAGAAAACAAGCACACCACUUCAGAUGACAAAGAGGAAAUGGCAAAUGUGUGGGACUCUUACAAAGAAAGAGAGACUUAUGCAGAAGAGGCCAAUCAGCGCCCGCCAAGUGAUACUUAUACAGUGACUGAAAUGGUCGCGGAGAAUGCUUUUGAUUACCGCCAAGAUACAACAAAUGACACUAAGGAUGUCAUAGAAGAGGUCUGUGGUAAUGAUAGCCACUUGAAGGAGCCUGAGCCCAUUAAUGAUGAGAUCCACAAGGGGGAGGAGAAGGUGUUACAAGCAGAAUGCCAAGAAGCUGAGGAUGUAACCACAGACAAGAACAUUUCUGACCAGAAAACCGGACAAGAGGAGGAAAACUUUCAAUGUUGUUUGAACAAUCCAGUGUGCUUUGAAAGAUCCCCUCAUAUGGGUAAAACAGGUGAAAACGACAGACCAGAACAUAACAUAACCACAGUGCAGACAAACAGCGAGUCCAACUCGGACAAGCCUCUCAUUUAUAAUUCCAUCUGUUAUGGUAAAGAUGAAUGGUUUGAGGAAGAGAAUUCAGAUAGAAUUGAUUACAGUAGCUAUUCUGGUAAUGUUCAUGUCUCUCCAGAGGAGGAAAAGAAAAAUGAGGGUGAGAGGGCAGAGGAGGAGUGUGUAGACUACCAGGAUAUUUCUCAACAAGCUGAGAUGUGGUCCUCAACAUUGGAACAAGAAACAAACCUGCCAUCUUCACAGCAGGACCAGUGUGAUCACUUGAUGGACAAGGUGAUGCCACCCAUUCAAGACAGUGAUUGGAAUGAAGAUGGUGGUCUGGCUGGUGAAGUGAUUGAGGAAGCCGUAGAUGAAGACCACUCAAGCAAAUCUGACACCCAUUCACCACAGUUUGAAGAGCAAGAAGUGGAGCUGGAACAAAAGGAGGAAUGUGAUCGUAUUCAAGAGGAUGGUGCUAAUCGAGUGGAAGAGAAAAUGCUGACUAGUGACAGCAUUAUUGCCCGUAGUGAAGAACGUGACAGUUCAAGUGUGGCACUGUCUUGUUUGAGUAUACCUGUGAAGGAUGAUAAUUAUGACAAAGGUCUGCCAGGUGUCACCAUUGAUGGAAAUGCUCAAAUCUCAAGCACAGCAGUUUUCCCUGACUUGUCAGUGACUUGUCAGCCACAGAAAGAAGACAAUAUCUCUACUCAUGGCCCUCAGAUGUCAUCACAUGAGACAGAAAAUCCUCCUGAAAACAACAGAAAUGGCAGAACUGUGUUGGCUGAAGAAUGUACCGACCAAAUGAUUGACCCUCAUGUGCAGUCUUGCUACAAAGACCACCAAAGUGUCCAAAUGGCAAAUAAUGAAGUCUCUGGCAAACUGAUUAUUGCUGCUGAGUCUGAAACAGUUGAGGACAGUACUGCUUGUGCAAUAGCUGAAGAAAUAUCUUGUCCUCACCCACCACCCAUUUGUGAAGACCAGCAAAGUGACCGCAUGGAAAAUGAUGAAACAAGGGUUACUUCUGCUACUGAAGCAGUUGUUUGCAAUAACACUCAUCUUACUGCACUUUCAGUGCCUGAAGAAAUAACUCAUCCUGGCAUGUUGUCUUCUUUCCAAGACCAACAAAGUGACCACAUGGAAAAUAAUGAAAUUUUUUCUGAAGUUCCCACCAGUGCUGUUCCUAUCAAUACUAAGGACAAAAUUUACUUGUCGCCUUUUGAACAAAGUGGACAGAGGGAUCAUGACUUGUCUCCGAGUGUUGGGGAGGAGAGUGGGAUUUCAAGUUUGGCUGUUAGCCCUGAUGUGCAAGAUGGUAACGAGUUUGACAUGACGGUUGGUAAUAUGGUGUUUCCAGUGAUGAAUCACGAUUUAUGGUCUGAGGGUCAGACAGAGCCUCAAAACACCCUCUUUUCUGAUGAUGUAGCUAUACCUGUCAUUAAUGACACGACAACAGGUAUGGUGUUCGGGUCUUACCCAUCGCAUUGCUCCCGGGAGUCCCACAGUGAGCACACAAAUUGGAUUAAGUAUGAGUCCUUUGCAGCUAAUGAGGACAUGUUUGGCCAUGAGAUUGAGGAUGGUUACCACAGAGCGAUGGAUCACUUUACAGCACAGGUCACAGCAAGUGUCACUAGCUACACUGAUGACCUGAAAAUACAGACAGACAUGAAAGCUGUCAUUGAGGUUGUAGAAAUUAAAGAAAAGAGCGCAGGAGUACACGCUGAAAAGGAAGAGGACACAAAAUCAGAGAAGGAGAAAGAGGAGGACACUGAAAAGACAGAAAUCAGUAUCAUGGAGGCGACUAUGGACCAUAACGAAUGGAUCACAGAGAGUAACUACCAAAUCCUUCCCUGGAUGAAUCUUUCUGUCCUGUCUUUUGACCGCACAAAAACCAACCAGCUUCCUGCUGAAGAGUGUCAGUCCAGCUCUGCUGCGACAGUCACCACAUGUAUAGAUACUACAGAUAUCCCACCUUCCACUGAAGUCAAACAAACCAGCCCUCUCUCCCUUGCAGAUGAAAACACGGAAACUAACAAAAAGGUUGUGGCGGUCCAGCCCAUGCCCCAGAACGUCAACGUGACCUUUCGCGUUCAUUAUUUCACUCAGUCGCCGUACCAGACAGUGGCUGUCACAGGGAACCACCAGGAGCUGGGGAACUGGAAGGGAUUCAUCCCCCUAGAAAGGGUCAAGGAUGGGCACUGGGCCACGGUGGUCACCCUGCCCACAGAGAGCCACGUGGAGUGGAAGUUUGUAGUCCUGGAGAAGGGUGAGGUGUGUCGCUGGGAGGAAUGUGGUAACCGUCUCCUUGACACGGGCUACGGAGACGACCUGCUUGUGCACAAAUGGUGGGGACUCUUGUAAGAGGUAAGGGGAAGACCGAGAGUGGCAGUUUGGCUCUGGAUACUGGACCAGGUGAAAGUCCAGUUGAUUUGUACAGCCGGUCACAAGAACCACAUGAUGAUACAAGAGAUAAAAAUGACACUGUGUUCUGUGUCACAAUAUCAUAAAUACUCCUACAAAGUUUUGAUAAACUUGGGCGGUCAAAAGACAUCUAGAGGUGUACUGUAGGAUGACACUGGGUUUGAUGUUACAUGUAACCAGUUUGAGCAGCAAGUAAAGAACUCAGUAACUUCCACGUUUGAAGUGUCA